GCCGUCAGGGCCCCUGGGAGCGCGGGGCGCCGCCGCCGCCGCUCCUCGGCUCGGUUCCGUCUCCAGGGCUGCGCCGGCAACGGUAGCCGCCUCGGCAGAGCAGCGGGAGUCGGGAGCCGCGCUCCGCCGAGAGUUGGGUAGGGGAGCGCCCGCGCCUCCGCGGCGUCAUGGGCCCCCUUCCCGGGCCUCAACGGGCACCAGCCGCGGGAACCCCCGGGCCUCCUUGCGGCCGAGCCUGAGCGACCCUCGGGUUCUCCGGCUCCCCCUCCCUCCGCCUUAUUUUUUUCCUGCUCUCGCUGCGGCUACAGCUUCAGCUUCAGCUUCAGCUCUCCGUUAUGGCAACGGAGCCGCCAUCCCCCCUCCGACUCGAGGCGCCCGGGCCCCCAGAAAUGCGGACCCCACCGGUGAGCGAAGCCCCCCCCGAGGGCACCCCGAAGCCAGCAGGCGGCAGGCUCUGCUUCCUCAACGGCUGCGUGCCCCUCUCGCAUCAGGUGGCCGGGCACAUGUACGGGAAGGACAAAGUGGGUAUCCUGCAACAUCCAGAUGGCACAGUUUUGAAACAGUUACAGCCACCUCCAAGGGGUCCAAGGGAGCUGGAAUUCUAUAAUAUGGUUUAUGCUGCUGACUGUACUGAUGGAAUUCUUUUAGAGCUACGAAAAUAUUUGCCAAAAUAUUAUGGCAUUUGGUCUCCUCCCACUGCACCAAACGAUUUAUACUUAAAACUGGAAGAUGUGACCCAUAAAUUUAAUAAGCCCUGUAUAAUGGAUGUAAAGAUAGGGCGAAAGAGUUAUGAUCCUUUUGCCUCAUCUGAGAAGAUUAAGCAACAGGUCAGCAAGUACCCAUUAAUGGAAGAGAUUGGGUUCUUGGUGCUUGGCAUGAGGGUUUACCAUGUUCAUUCUGACAGCUAUGAGACACAAAACCAGCACUAUGGAAGAAGCUUAACAAAAGAAACUCUAAAGGAUGGAGUCUCCAGGUUUUUUCAUAAUGGAUUCUGCUUAAGAAAAGAUGCUGUUGCUGCCAGUAUUCAGAAGAUUGAGAAUAUUCUGCAGUGGUUUGAAAAUCAGAAGCAACUUAACUUUUAUGCAAGUUCAUUACUGUUUGUUUAUGAAGGUUCAUCUCGGCCAACUCCUACAAAAUCGAAUGACAGAACUUUGGUAGAAAAGUUUUUGUCCAAAGGGCAGCUGUCAGACACAGAUGUACUGGAGUACAAUAAUAACUUUCAUGUGUUAAAUUCCACAGAGAAUGGAAAAAUAGAUGCUUCAGUAGGCAAAAGCUUGUCCAAGAUGUAUGCUCGUCACAGAAAAAUGUGUUCAAAAAAGCAUCACAGUCAGACUUCAUUGAAAGUUGAAAAUAUAGAGCAAGACAAUGGGUGGAAAAGCAUGUCACAGGAACAUUUAAAUGGAAAUGUACUCUCCCAACUGGAAAAAGUUUUUUAUCAUCUUCCCACUGGUUGCCAAGAGAUUUCAGAAGCAGAAGUGCGAAUGAUAGAUUUUGCUCAUGUGUUCCCUAGCAACACAAUAGAUGAGGGAUAUGUUUAUGGGCUGAGGCAUUUAAUUACCGUACUACAAAGUAUUUUAGACAAUUGAAUCCUUUGCUGCAGUCUUCUUAAGGGAAGGAGCAAUCAAGAACAGCAGUCAGUAUCUCUGUACUUGUAAAGCUAUGUAAAAAAAUUUAUAUUGUGAGUCUACAUUUUGUCUUUAUACUUUUGGUAGAAGGGUUAUCUUUUUAUAAUCUUACUCAGGAAAACUAAUUAUUUGUUCAUUAGAAAACUAUGAAGAAUAAAGAAA